UACUGGGAGAAUCGGCCGGGAGGCUGUCAGAAAGCCCACUGCCCUUUCCUUCACUUGAAGGAACGCGGUGGGAAGGCACCGACUGUACCACCAAGUGACGAAGCUGACACGAGCCUUCCUCUGACCAGCGGCCCUGCACAAAGUCUGGAGAGCCAGACAGAGGUUGAGAAGGCAGCAGAGAGAGGUGACAUCCCAUCUUCCUCCCAUGGCCCGGCUGCGCAAAAGCGCAAGCGAUGUCAGGAGAAGGGCAAAGCAAGCGAGUUGCCUCUCAAGAAGAGAGUCAAGGCUGGACGCAAGGUGUACCUCAGGUCUGCUGCUUGGAAAUCCACCUUCCCCAGGAAGCAGACACUGAAGCGGAAAGCAGCGGACAUGCAACCGUCUGCUGCUGAGGACACCGAUGAGCCCCCAGCCAGAAAACUGCCUAUGGCCAUCGUUCCAGCCCUGCCUGGGGACAGCCUGGUGACCAUUCCUGCAGUUGAAACACCUCCGAGCAGUCUGGAACUGCUUCUGGGAAGCCAGGCAGACUCCGUGGCAGACUCUGUGCCUUGGGCCUCACAAGCAGCACAUCAGAUGCAGCAGCUGAGCUGCACAGAGGCGGGGAAAGCGCUCAUCUCCGAGGAGGAUGACAUCGAGACAUUAAUGAUGGAAAUCAUGGGAGAUGAGUUAGAAGGAGAAAUUGACAUGGAUACUGAGAAGGAUACGGACGAGCUCCUUCAGGAACUGUCUGACAUCAUUGACAGUGUAACACCAUAGACUGAUUGUAUAUUUUAAAACAACCAACAACAAAAAACAAUUAAAACCAACCCUAUUCCUUUUCAA